AUGAAAUUCCUUCUUGUACUUAUUCCUGUAGCUUCCGUUCUUGGUGCUAGUGUUACUCAUAACGACCUGCAAAUUGAUUAUAUCGAGUUAUCAUUGGAACUCACCAACGUCUUGAAAGAUAGGCCUGAAGUCACUGAAGAGGAGAUUCAUAGCCUUUCUAAACAAGUUAUCGUUGAAGUUGAUAACUUUAAGAAAAAAAAUGAAAUUCUCGAUAACUUCGCAAAGGGCAAGGGAGCUGAAUUCGAAAAGUUCUUCCGUGAAACGUAUAUGAACCCCAAAGUUGAAGCUCAUGUAGCUAAGCGUUUGGCAUCUGUACUCGGUUACUAUCUUACGAAAGAACACAUCCUCCAGUUCCGCAAUAUUGUUCUCUCAAGAAUGCACGAUGGAACACCAAGAAGUGAUAUCAUUGAAACUAUUAAGGAACAAAUCAGCAAAGAUCUCGGAGAGAAGAGGGCCCAACGAGCUCUUGAUUUGACCCUCAAGGAUCUCAAGAUUCUCUACAAGAUGUACAGCGAUCUAGUAAUGAAGCUUGACGAACCCAUUGGUUAUUUGAUGAGAGAUGAGUUAUAA